AUGGUAAAUGCUUGGGGUGAAGAUGGUCACAAGAUUGUUGGUAAAAUUGCUCAAAAUAUUUUGAACCCGGAAAUAGCUAAAAGAGUUGCCAGCUUGUUUCAAGAUCCAUCUUUUGAUGGAAAAUUACCUCUCGCUUCUCUUUGGGCUGAUAUGAUUAAAGAAAUACCAGAAUCUCCAUACAAUUGGAGUUUUCCUUUACAUUAUAUGACUACGCAUGAUAAUCCCGGCAGAGUUUGUUCUGUCGAUGAGGCGAACGAUUGUCCUGGAGGUGCUUGUAUAGUUGGUGCAAUUGCCAAUUAUACAGAUCAAUUGGAUUGUGAAAAUGGCCGUGACAUCAAUACUAGAGAUAUUGCUCUUAGAUUUUUAUCACAUUUCUUUGCACUUCAUGUUUGCGGACGUGCUAAAGGUGGAAAUGGUAUUAAAGUGACAUUUGAUGGUCGUCCUACAAAUCUUCACGUAAUCUGGGAUAGAGAUAUUGUUAAAAAAAGAUUAAAAGACUACAACGAUAAUUUUGAAACAUACGCAAAUCACUUAACUAAUGAAAUUACUAACGGAACUUUCGCAAAAGUGUCACAAACUUGGAUUUCAUGUAAAGAGACAAAACUAAAAGGUCUUAAUCUUAAUUUAAGAAAACGUGCUAAAGCUACUACAAAAUGUCCACUUACUUGGGCAAUUGAUACCAAUGGAAUUAAUUGUCCUUUGGUUUGGGCAGCUAUUGAUGAUAAUCCAAAAGUAGAUUUAGGUGGAAGAUAUUAUCAAGAUGCAGUGCAAGUUAUCGAUCAACAACUUGCUAAAGGUGGCCUUAGACUUGGAACAUUCUUAAAUAUUAUAUUAAACAAACCUUGUGAAAAUAAUUAA